CUACGGAAAUAAAAAGUUGCGUAGUCGCAAACGUUAAAGCAAACUUGAAAUUUCUGAGUCAGCUGAAUCGUCUGAAUUUUCAUCAGACCGACUUCGUGAAUGGAAGCAUCAUUGUAUGACGAACAAAUUAUGCCCACAACAUCGAGUUCUCAAAGUGCGACGUACGAUAAAGGCAACUUGAAACUUGAUUUCACGUCGCCGAGUGCGCGGAGGCAAACUUCGCUGGAAGGCGCACUACUAACUUCUCCGGAUUUGAAUUUGCUCACUUUGGGUUCUCCCGAGCUGGAGAAAUUGAUUAUGGGUUAUGGAGGAAUCUUGACGACUCCAACACCGACUCAAAUCUUCAAAGGAACCUCCUCUGUGACAGAGCAACAAGAAUCAUACGCGCGAGGGUUCGUAGAAGCGCUUCAAAAAUUACACGACCAGCAACAAGAAGCUGGGGGACAAAACACGUCGCAAAGCGUUGUGAAUACAAAUGCUUUGUUACUGAAUGCUUUAAAUCAAUCGUUUGCCACAGCAGCGAUAAAUAACACCACUAGUACAGUAGCAGCUACGACACCAAUGCUCGCGUCGGGCACGUCCACAAUUUCGACACAAUCACUUCCGCUGGUUUCGCUAUCCGGAGCGACACAGAUUUUCCCAGACUUUCAAAGGACCUCUGCGGCAACGGCACAACCCAGCACAAGUUAUGCGGCAUUAAACAUACAGAUUCCACCUCAGCAACCACGACUGGACAACGUUAAGUUAGAAAACGAAUCGCAAGUCGUCCCCGGAACGCCACCUCUACCACCGAUCGAUUUGGCGUUACAGGAAACAGUUAAGAACGAAAGAAAGAAGCAGAGAAACCGGGUCGCUGCGUCAAAAUGCCGCAAACGGAAGCUUGAAAAGGAAGCCGAUUUGGAAGAUAAAGUUAUCAAUCUUAAAAACAUCAAUUCUCAGCUACACACCGAGGUUUGCGAACUAAGAAAGCAAGUUUGUCAGUUGAAAAUUCAAGUUAUGGAUCACGUGCAGGGCGGAUGUGAAAUCAUGCUACUGAACCAGCCCUCAGGAAUAGCAGUUUCUACUUCAGCUUAGCUCUUAAAACCCGUUAAAAGAACACUGGAUUUUGUUUUUAAUUGCUGAAAACGUCUCGUCUACUGAAAUGAGCGUUUGAUCGCUCUUUCACGAACGUCUGAUCGCGAGAGCUAGAACAGAUAGGUAAACCGGAACUUCGCAUUCAAAGCACGUGGAGCUGAGGUUUGAUCUGGUUUUCAAAACCGGAUUUUCUAUUCGGCGUAGAAGUGAACUUCACAGAUCGAACUUUACACGAACAUACAUCGAUCGAACGCUUUUAACUAGGGAAAACAGUUGCAUGUCAUGUUAUAACAAAGUUAGGUUUGUCAUCCAAAAUAUUGGAGAUUGUACUGUAAUCGUUAUAUUACUAACAACAUAUGUUCUCUCGAGUUUACAGUAGUUUCAUUCCCUCAUUCAUAGUUUAUUGAAAGGCCAAAAAAUUAUUCAGUGCCAGUAAUUUAUACCUAGAGUAUCCCUAUUUAUUUCACGAUCAGGAUGUCAAAAUUCGAAAGAAACAGGAAAAUUUUGAACACAAAAAAAUCUUAUUAUAGACGGAUCAAUUCACAUACGCUGAGUACGUGAGCUGUGAUCGACAAUCAAGUAAGGUUAUUUACAAUAAUUCUCACAAGUAUGUAACGUUAAAAGUCUAAGAAGUAAAAAGAAGGGAAUAUUUAAAAGAUCUUGACUGUUUAAGGCUUCGUUAACCCUCCAAAAAACAACAUAAAUUCUGCAUGUCCUAAGUAAUUGAGUGAUAAGAUCAACCAGUCAUUAGCAACAUGUGUCGAGUGAUGUAGAGUUUUUAAGAGUGUUAUAAUAUAUUACACCUUACAAGAA